ACUGUGUUCAACAGUCGCUCGCGAAACGUGGCGUAGGUAGCCAACUGAGGAGCAGAACGCACUGUGUUUCGUGUCUAAGGCAGAGCAGGCGCGUGUGAGACUGUCUACAGCAGAAUCAUCGUCAAUGGAAGACGCUACCGAGGCUGAGGAGGCGGCGGGCUUGGACAUCGGCCCCCUGCUGGACGCCGGGGAAUGCUCCAUGGUGACCCUGGCGGCGGGGAAGACGCGGUUGGCGGCGCACAGGGCCGUCCUGCAAGCGAGUAGUCCAGUGUUGGGCGCCCUGGUCCACCAGGACUCGCCGGAGGUCAGCAGCGGCCACAUCACCCUCACAGACGUCGAAGGCCCGGUCCUGCGCCACCUGGUCUCCUAUUGCUACACCCUACGGGCCCCACAGCGCCCAAGCGUGUCCCCACAACUUCUGGCAGCUGCAAUGAAAUACGGCGUCUCUGGGUUGAAAGUGGAGUGUGAGCGAACUCUAGAAUCAUCCUCAAUGGGACCCGUUGCGGAGCCUGAGGAGACGGUGGCGUUGGACCUCGGCCCCCUGCUGGACGCCGGGGAGUGCGCCCUGGUGACCCUGGAGGCGGGGAAGACGCGGUUGGCGGCGCACAGGGCCGUCCUGCAAGCGAGGAGUCCAGUGUUGGGCGCCCUGGUCCACCAGGACUCGCCGGCAGCCAGCAGCGGCCACACCACCCUCACAGACGUCGAGGGCCCGGUCCUGCGCCACCUGGUCUCGUAUUGCUACACCCUACGGGCCCCACAGCGGCCGAGCGUGGCCCCACAACUUCUGGUGGCUGCAGACAAAUACGGCAUUUCAGGGUUGAAGCAGGCGUGCGGGGAGCAGCUAGCCGCUCGGCUGACAGUGGAGACCGCAGCGGCCACAGCAGUGCUCGCCGUCAGGCACUCCUGUCCCAGCCUCAUAGCGGACGCCCUCGCUUUCAUAAAGGCCAACCACGAAGUGCUGGCCACGCAGGGUUGGUCCGAUAUAGUGCUCCACCAGCCCGAUGACGCAGUCGAAGUGAGUCGCCUUCUCGGUGAGAUGGCACAAUUCAGGAACUUGUCUGCAGAAGAGAAAGCCAAGAGGUUGAUGCGAGCGGCUCAGGAGGGGACAGUGGAGGAGCUGCAGGAACUGCUGGCUGCGGGGGCAGAUGUGGGAUCCAGGGACAAGAAUGUGCUGAGGCAGACCGCUCUGCAUUAUGCAGCUGCCAAAGGACACGUGGAGGUGGUGAAGUGCCUGUUGGAGGGUGGAGCAGAGGUGGAUUCCAGAGACACAUGGCAGGAGACACCUCUGCACAAGGCUGCAUACAACGGCCAUACAGCUAUGGUGCAGUUUCUCGUGGCGUCUAGUGCUGACCCCAAUGCCAGCAAUUGUUGUGGGUGUAUGCCACUCCACUUUGCAGCAGAUCGUGGCCACACAGAGACCACAGCUGCACUGCUGGAAGCGGGAGCCGACAGGUUGGCAAGUGAUAAGGAUGGUAACACUCCCAAAUACUUUGCUGAACGUAAAAACAACCAGCAACUUGUAGAGAUGCUAACAUAAAGCUGCUAGUCACAUGAACUUACUUGGAUAAAACGAACCUUUCUACAUGACAUUGUUUUUAAGUAAAUACAACAAAUUA